CAGCUGGGUUGUGGUGUCAGAGGAGGUUGUGUUGUUUGUUUUUGUUCCGUGCAGUGACUGGGAUGUCAACUCGCAUAUCGUUCGAGAUAAUCAAUCCAGUCCUAUAAAAUAAUAAAUGACAUUUAGGAAGAAACUGUGAUGACUCACCUUUUCUGGGAAGGCAUUUAGCCUGGUUGUGGAGGACAGGGUGAGAGCCAUGAAGGCGGUGGAUGCUGUGACCCUGCAAGUGAGUGUUAUCAGCAGCUACCCCAACGGGAACGUGUACCUUCCAGACACUAGCGCCAUGGUGCCUGAUCCCGCCAGCGGCGACAUGGACAACUCCAAAGCAACACUCUCACACGUUGUCAACAGUUCACACCCGUCAAACAACAGUGCAAUGGCUCUUUGAGUGUUAAUGGAGCAGUCAAAAAACUUAGCAGCUCAGAUGACGAAGACCUUUCACAACCACCGAUCGCCAGAUCAUGUACGAACAGAGACUCUUCGCUUUUAGAUUGCACCAAACUCCAUACAAACAAUUCGCAAGUGAAUGGGUCACUAGAGAAGAGUGAAUAUUUAAACGGUCUAGGGAAUGCGGAGGACAAACACGACGUGUCAGUGAACGGUGUUGUGAACAAUGGUUACGAUAAAGGUGAUGACGAGAAACAUUCACUGGAGUCGCUGACGGACAUGGAGUUAGAGAGCGGGAAGAGGAGUAGCUCACCGCCAGAGGACAUACCGAGGUACCAGGGCCUCCAGGCAGACAGCGGGCUGGAGUCAGCUGCGUCCAGCUGGGACCGCACUGUCGCUGAGGUGAAGGAGCAUGCCGUGACACGUCUGCAGGACGAGUUGCGGAAGGCGAGGGAGGAGCUGAAACUCAAGGACGAGGAGGUAGUGAGGCUCAGCAGGAUUAGACAGGAGGUGGAAUCCGAACUGGAAGAACUCACUGCUAGCCUGUUCCAGGAAGCCCACAAUAUGGUAAGAGUGGCUAACGAGCGACAAGCUGCGGCGGAAAAGGCACUGCGAGAGAGCACCAUGCAGGUGGAAGUGCUGACUGCAGAGGUGGCUGCGCUCAAGACUCUAGUGCUGACCUCCACUCCCAGCCGACCAAACCCUCAUCUGCACCCUCAGAUUGACCCCAACGCCAAAGAUGAGUCAGCCAACACAGGGAAUGCACUAUUCCGCAAACAUCGCAGAUCUCCCUCCCACUUUAAUCUUAAAUAUGGAAGAGAGAACUCCCCACCUGAAUCGCCAGUGAAGGAUACAAAACCAGCAGCUUCUCCAACUGAAGUAGUAGAGUUUAAAGAUGGCAUUGAGGUUGACCCAGUGAUGCACAGAGAGUUCCUGGCAUGGAAGCAGAAUCCUACGACAGAGCAGAAUGAUCCAUUCAUUGCCAGGAUAUACCGGGAGGACAUCGACACCUGCUUGGCCUUCACCAACAGUGAGCUAGCUACUGAGGUACGCAGUGCUGUCCAAUCUGGCUCGGUCUACAUUGAAGCAGUCAGCGAAAAGACCAAAACUCAUUUUCCCAAGAAGUGUGCUCUGUUAGAGGUACCCCGCCAAUGCCAAUAUCGCAUGAGGCUUGGGGAGACUGACACUUGGCACUCAAUCUCUCAGAUCUGCAGAAAUAGGAUAAUUGCUGUUUGUGAUUUUCUCAACUAUUUAAACUACAUACAACGAGGUUUAGUUAAAAGCUCAGUGCACGACAUCUACUGGGAGAUUGUCAGGUUGAGGAAGGAGAUGGUUGUCGCCAGGCUGGGGCUCCCACUGACUCUGUGAGCUGGCACCUCAGCUGCUGAUCUCUCUCUUGCCAUCUCACUGUAAAUAGUUGUUGAUGUAUAUGGUGCUAAUCGGUUCCCUAUCGCAGCUAAAAUUGACUUAUACACUAAAAACUGCUCUGUCAAUGUGUGUUUCGUUAUAAGAAAAGAAUUGUUUUAAAUAUAUUGUUUAAUAUUUAUGUGGAGAAAUUUAAUAGAUCUGUUCAAAGAAAAUACUUUUAACUAAUCUUUUUUAUUAACAAAGAAAUUGUAACUAUUUUAAAUUUUGUUCAAUAUUGAACAUAUAUUUUGAGCAUAGGGUUCGACUUAAGAAAUGUUGAUAGUUAAUGUAUUAAAAUACUUUUAUAAACCCAAAAUGAGUUAUUAUUUUUAUUAAUUACUGUUAUUUUUAGUAACUGAUAGUUUCUCUCAUAUUCUAAUGUUUGCUAACUUAAAUAACAGUAACUUUUAUCCAUAAUGUGGAUAAAAAUAUAAUCUUAUCAAAAUUUAAAAUGCUGGUGAUUUAAAGUUUGUCUACUAUGUUUAUUUAUUUUAACAUUUCAUAUACUCAUAUAAUCAUUGAAGUAAAGAAACAAGUUUUUUUACCUCUUUCAGUUCCUCUUCAAGUUUUCCUGUAAUUGAAUAUUAAAUAUGUGCUCAUAAGUAUAUAGUUUUAAUAAAGGACCAAUAUGCAAAAACAUAAUCUUAUUAGCUAAACAAUUAAAGACUGUAACUGUAGAAAACAAACAAAUAGUAAAAUUUUGCUUUGACUUAGUACAUUUUAUGAAGGACCAAAUUCUUGUAAAUACACAUAAUAAAAAGAAUUUUCAAUAUACAAAUAUUUAAAAUAGUCUGAAUAAUAUUUGGUGCCAACUUUAGUGUAGUCAACAAUAAUGUACAUACAAUAAUUAUAUAUUUUGAUUAGAACAAAAUUCUGUCUUUAUGUAUGAAUUCAACUCUAACAGGGGAACAAUUUCUUUAUUUUUAGUUUAAAUAUAUUAUUUUAAUUUUUUCAUAAUUACUGGAAAAUGCAUUUAUAUAACUGUACUUUGAUAAACUGUACAAUACCAGGGUUAAGUAGUACAAUUUAGUGAUGUACAACAUAGUAGGUAUUUGAAAUCGAAUAUGCGUGAUAUGUAUAUAUCUUGUUCAUCCAAUUUGUACAUAAUAAAUCUGUAUACAUAUACAUUUUAUUUACAACCACUAAUAUUUUUAUCAGUACCGUAACCUUUCUUGUGGUUCUAAUGUGUGUUAAGUUUUGUGAAAUAUUAUCAUCAUGCCUCCCAUAGUUAUAUGGAUCUAGAAUUGAUAGCAUUGAUUUUGUAAUGAACAAACUUUAAAUAAUCGUUAUAUAAUGAAUAAUUAGGUGUUAGAGUGUAGUACUUGAUCUGGUAUAAUUAAUAUUAAGAAUUAAACUUUGUCAAAACAAAGAAUUUAUAUUAUUUUAUGUCCAUAUUCUACAUCAAGGAUAUGUGUGUUAACCAAAGAAUAACAAUAAUUUAUUAUUUUGCUACCACUGGUAAACACAAAUUAGAAGAGUCUAAUAGAGUACGUGUAUAUCUUAUACUAUGAAAUGUAUCAAUAAAACAAUUCAAAACCAUGCAACUAAAGUUUAUUACAAUUUUACACUUAUUUGGUCAAAUCUAUGGUUUAAGUUAAGUAUUAUGAAUUUGUAUCACUUUUAUAUGUUUUUACAUCAAGUUGGAAUGUUUGUGCCUACAGAUUUUUACAUUUACCAGUGGUGCUGAAAUUAAAUUGUAUGCAAUUUAUGUUGUUUAUAGAUGAUUUAAGAGUUUUUAAAUCCAUUUCUAUUUUAUAUUGUGAUUAAUAAUAUUGGUAUAUUGUAUAGAAAUCUUGUUAUUAUGUGUAUAAUAAAUUAAGACCAUGCCAUCCA